AUGUUGUCACAUUUGUUUGGCUCGAAUUUAUUUCUUUUUUUCAGAUUGACGAAUGUCACAUACACAACGAAUUGUUUUUGUUCAUUAUCAUCAUCAUCAUCAAAUCUCGUAUACAUAAUACAUUUCAUUUUCAUGUGUUCAUAUUCAACAAUCGAUAUUGAAUCGUUGCUAAAAGUAAGAACAAACAAGCAACAACAACAAAAAAAAAUGCAGAUGAUGAAUAAUACUUUUGAAGAAUUCAAUGAAGAAGAAUUACAAUCACUUCGAAUACAAUGGGAUAAGAUUGUCCAUUAUCGACAUGAAUGUUUUGGAUUGAAAUUAUUUCUAAGGUUAUUAGAUUUACAUCCAGAAUAUCUAUGUUUAUUUGGAUUCACAUGGGAUGAAUUUGAUUAUCAUGAAACAGCUCGUCUUCGUGCACAUGGUAUAAAUGUAAUGUACAUGUUAAAUAUGUUAUUCGAUAAUCUAAACGAUAUGGAUAUGAUUGAUGAAUUGAUUUGUAAAUUAAUACGUUUACAUUUAAUGCGUGGUAUACAAAAAUCAUGGUUCGAUGAUAUUUGUGAACCAUUCGAAACGGUAUUGAGAGAAUUUAGUCAGAAAUUAAAUAUUGAACAUCCAGAAUUUAUACGUAAAGCAUUUAUGUUUGUUAAAAAUCGAAUGCAACUAUUAUAUGAUGAUAAUAUGGCUCAAGUUCUGCUCGAUCAAAGUUCAGAUAUAAGUGAAACGUAUUGA